CUAUUCACAUUGCUGUCACUUAAACCUGAUUCACUUGAAUCCGGCUCCACGGACAGUUUCCCCUUCCGUUCAAUCGGCUACCAACGGACUAUCCUUUGAUGUAUGUGAACUUUUUGCGUUUUGAUGUUCGAUUUUCCACGCCGUGUUUCGCUCGAUGAUUUCCGACGGGGCUCAGAGAAGACUCCCAGGAAUACUCGAGACAGGUCCCGAUGCAGGGGAUCUGGCUGCAAUCCACGGCGCUUGCACCAUUUUGUUGACCCAUUUCUUUCCCACCUACACAACUUGCUGACUUUAUCCUCUGCUCGUAGUAUUUGAAUUCAAUCUUCUCCUGCAGAUAGAAUCAGCAGCUAUGGCGACCAUCCAGGUUCCCAACGAGACCAUCUCGCAGGCCUCCCGUAUCACCAAAGAGGCCAAGAAAAUCACAUACCGGUUGAAGGUCAUUCAGCAACCGGAGCGAGCCCAAGCUUGCGGAUCCGGUGCCAAAUCAUCCGCCGACCGUCGCCCGGUCGAUCCUCCACCGAUUGUCGAACUGCGCGUCUACGACGGCGACGAUGAGGUCACCCACAACUACAACGCCAACUACUUCCUGUUUGCAACCCUCGAGCAUGCGCGUACCAUGGCCCAGGGCCGUGUUGCUCCGGGCCAAGCGUCGAUUCCCGUCUUAACUGGUACCCCCGUGGCCGGCAUGGCAUAUCUGGACCGUCCUCAUCCUGCUGGUUACUUCAUCUUCCCGGAUCUGUCCGUACGCCACGAGGGCAAAUAUCGCUUGAGCUUUGCAUUGUACGAGGAACUGAAGGAGCAGAAAGAUAUGGACAGCGAGGAGCUCCCCACCUCGAACCUACCCAAUCCUGCCGAUGCGCAUGUGUCACAUCGUUUGGAAGUCAAGUCCACACCGUUCACUGUUUUCUCCGCCAAGAAGUUCCCCGGAUUGACCGAGAGCACCUCCCUCAGCCGCAUGGUCGCCGAACAAGGUUGCCGUGUCCGCAUCCGACGCGAUGUUCGCAUGAGGCGUCGUCCAGGAGAGAAGGGCGCCAAGGAUUGGGACGAGUAUGAAGAUGAGACCGCUUAUGAACGUGCCCGCCGCACUGCCACUCCAGAUAACCACUACUCUCAGAUGGGAAAUCAAGGCCAGGUGGAGAUCGUCGACCGUCCUCGUUCCGGCAGCGUUGCCAGUAAUGCGUCCUUCCACAAUAUGGGCAGCCGCCGUACCUCCAUGGAGAACAUGGCCCAAGGAUACCAGGCAUCGUACCCUCCACCCAUGGCUCAACAGGCUCCCAACGGGUAUGCUCAACCAAUGCCUUAUUCCAACGGUCAAGUCAAUGGUUACCAGAACCAAUAUCCUUCUCAUCAGACCAUGAUGCAGCCUCCUCAGGUCCCAUACCAUUCCCAGCAGUAUCAACAGCCCCAGCCUCAAAUGCACCAGUCCUAUGGCUAUCCGCAACCCCAAGCCCAGCAAUACCCGCAGCAAUACCAGGAGAAUGGACACAUCCGCCACAACAGCCUAGAGGGAUACCAAGCCCAAGUUCCGAGCAACGACUUCCGUCGCCAGCAAUCCACUCAAAGUCAGUCAUACAGCAACGGCACCAUGCAGGCCCCCUCGACGCCGUACGGUCACAAUUCCAACCCGUCAUCACACGCCUCUCAACCCUCCCUGGCGCCCCUCAAAAACCUCCAAACCUCAUCCAUCUCCGUCGAUGCCAAGUUCGAAACCAGUUCCCCCGCCUACGACCACAACAGCACCGCGUCCGCACCCGACGCCUACCACAACGGCAUGACCCGCUCGUCCGCCCCGUCCACCCACGUCGCCCAGUCGGCUACCAAACGCUCGUAUUCCGAAUCGUUCGAUACGCAGCAUCUCGACGGUCGGCUGCAACAUGGUGCCCGGCCGCAUGCAGAUGAUGCGUACGGGAUGCACACCACUGCGCCGAUGGCGUACCCGGAUACGAUCGCAGAGGAGGGCGAGUAUGACAGCGGUGCGGCGAUGAGCUAUCGACGGGCUGAUGGGACCGAGCGGAGGAGGGUUGUCCCUCUUAGCGAUUGAGGCACUGAAAUGCUGAUGGACCCCAUCUGUGGGGAUGUCAUCGUCUGGUACCCUGCUUCCAAUGCGGGAUUAUUUCCGAUCUGAUGUCUUCCAUGGUCGGGGUUCAGUGCCCCUCA